CAGAUAUCCAUAUUUGCAGACAUCUCCGCAAUGACACUCAGGAGGAGGAAGCUGUUUGUGCAAAUAACAAGUGACUUAAGGGAUCGAAGACUGUUAUACAGAUGGGGAUACCCUACAAAACUACUCAUCCUGAAGAACGGGACUGUAACGGCAAUAAACUCACUGGAAGACGGCCUCAGGAUUCUCCAAAGCUGGAGCUUUGAAGUGCCUGAAUCCUCUGGACCAGGAACUCGCACUGCACGCUUGUUCCCCAAAUGGAAGAGAGCACGCAAAUAA